ACAGGAGGAGGAGCUUGUGCUUGAAGUUGAACUUUUUGACUUGCCGGUACAUGUUCAGCAGCUCGGUGCGCGGUGCCGACGAUGAACCGGCUUAUAAACGGUACGUCGGCGCGUCGUCGCCGGUAUUUUCUUCCUGUCACGUGAUGUCUGCGGGCCGAGAGCUCGCGCUGUGGGUCGUGGAGUUUAUUUGGGCUCACGGGACCAUGGAUUUACACGUCAUCGACCUCUCCGAUUGGCCGCAUCUGGACUCACGACCUCUGACCCUCGAGGACUCGUGGAGGCUGCGAGUGGCGUCGGCGCAGGCCUCGAACAUCGUGAAGAGCAGAGACGUUGAGAACUUUGAGAGAGUGAUGCAGUUUGUUGAAGCCACUCACAGACUCGUGCCCACACUGGUGACGCCCAUCAAACACAUGAAGCUCGCGUUUGGACUGAAAACCAUGGUCAUCAUGUGGAUGCUCCGUCAGGACGCAGGAGUUGUUGACAUCGUGUUUAAAAUCAAACAGUUCUUCCCAAAUAAACUGCCUCAGUAUGAAGAUCAGUGUACUCAGCGUGAGAUGUUCCUCAUGAGGAGAAACAAUCUGGACUUCAGGGUUCUGACACAGUCGCUGGCUCUGGACAAGGACAAAUGUGACCAUUAUAUGAAGACGCAGAUGGAUACGGAGUACGGAGGACGUUACGCUCAGAGAGUGGAGGACCGGCUGCUGCACUACCUGCAGCAGCUGCAGCUCGUCUUACCUGAGCACACGUUCAUCGACCAGAUACUGAAGAAGAAAAGUCCCGUCACCGAGGACGAGAAGCUGCUGGUGGACAUCGUCACCUCAGACUCUGUAACCAUAGCAACGACACUGAGGAGGCUGCUGCACUGUGAUGCUGCUUCCUGUCAUGGAGGUGAUGUCUCUUCAUCAUUGGAGCAAAGAGCGACUGGAGCGGCAACUGAAGAGUCUGCUCCGUUUGGCAGCUCCUCAAGAGUUUCCAAAGACGGACUUUCUCUGAGGGAAAACAGCGAUAAUUCAGAUGUUCAAAGGCAUCAACCGGCAGAAGAGGGUGGUGAGAUAAUCCACAGGGUUGAGGAGAAGAGCGGCAGGAAACGUGCCUCCCCUCCACAGUUUUGCUCCAAACAUCAGCGAUGGGUGAAGAACAUGCUUCAGGAGUGUCCUGACGAGUGUUCACAAGAACCUCGGGCCAACGUGUCCUCAUCUCCACCACUGUUCCAGUCAUCUUCAUCCACCUCUUCUUCACAGGACCUCACCCCUUCAGGCCUCAUCCUGUGUCCCACCGAGCAACAGAAUCCACCCCCACAGAUGAUGGCUGCUCCGGGACAAGAAAACCCCAACGAUGAGCAGAGAGCUCCGUCAACGAGUCAAACCUCUCCAACUGAAUCUCCACCUCAGCCCUCAUCCACAGAAGCUCUUCUGCCUUCGUUGUCGCUGCUGUCCCCGGUGGUACGUCUCAUAGACAUUGCCUCCAUCAGAUGGAGUUGCCCUCAUUUUAAACCCCAACAAGCCUCUUCAAAUCCUUCAAUCGUGUCCAGAAACAAACAAGCAGCUUCCAUCUCCGGUCCUCAGACAACACCAUCUCCCUGCUGUCCUACCUCGAGGAGCAAGGACUCUUCAUUGGAUCGGUUCGAAAGUGCUGCCCCGACAAGUCCCCCAAACCCAACCAACAACCUGCAAACUGCUCCUGUAGCUCAGGAGGCAUCAACUGAUCCAACACCACCAAGGAAGCACAGAAGGACUUUAGCUGCCGUCAGACACGCACAGACUCUGGAGACUACCCGUCCGCCCUCAUCCAACCUCAGUAUCUCUUGUCCUUCUGUCAAAUUCAAGGCCUUAUCUUCAGCCUGUAACCAAAUCCGUUCAUCUCUCAGAUCUUCUCGAAAAGUUGUCUUGGAGAACUCUUCCACCUCCAGCUCUGACCGUAUUGCAGUCAGGUCUGAGAUUUGCAGAGUCCGGGCCAGGUUGUCUCUGCUGACCCAGACGCUGCUGCUGCAGUCCUCACUCCUGCAGCCUUAUGUGAGUCUUACCAGGUUGAACGCUCAGGGCUGUUCCCAAGCAACCGAGCCCAGAUCCUCAGACCAACAUGAGGAGGAGCUGGUGUCUGAAGGGAUUAAUGAAGAGGAGAGGAGCCAGGAGGACAAUCUGGAUUCUUCUUUUGAUGUGAACUCUCUUUACUCCGGUCACUCGUCGAGCAGUGAUGGCGAGGACUGCGACCCGGACUACAAACCCAGCAUGAGAAAGAAAAGACUACUCUUAAGCACAGGACACACCAGCCCAACGGCCAUCUAGCCAUCUAGCAAUUGUUGAUGACCUGAUGAUCUGAUUCCAUAGCCCUGAUGUCUAUUAUGGUUCUCAAUCAUUCAGGCGAUUGUAUCUUCAAGAGUUUGGACAAAGGAAAUGAUAGGACGAUAUUUCACCACCUGAAAGGUCCUCAACAAAACUCGAGCCAAGUCCAGUUGUCUCUAUCUACUCUCUUGAAGGUUGUUGGCAUUGACACGCCCAGUGCACUCCUAGUGCCUGUCCCAAGCCCGGAUAAAUGGUUAGGGUUGCAGGGAGGGUAUCUGGUGCUAAAUCAAAUAUGCGCAUCACUGAAGAGGACCCAAAUAAAAGGAUAACCUGUUCUUCCAGAGUGAGCGUUGGCAAUCGUGUCCAUCUGCAAACUGCAAGAUGGGGAGUGGCUUUACAAGUGGUUGGAACUAUAAGCUUCAAGUUGUCCAAAUCACACAGAACCACACGGGAAGUCAGAUUAGUAUCACGUGACCAGUGGGUGGUACUGCAAGUUUCAAUUGCAAGUUUCAAUUGAUUUUAGACAACGAUGUGCGUCGCACAUCGUUGUCUAAAAUCGAUGAAUGAACCCAGAGAUGGUCAGAGUGAGUUGCCUUCACAACAGCAGGGGAGUCUCCGGAUCAUCCAGGUGAGGUGAGGGGGGUGGAGCCUGCAGGAGGCGGGACACUCACCCAUUCAUUCACGGUGGAUUAUCCGGACAAAAUUUCCUGCUGCUUCUAUUUCAUGAGCUAACGCAGGCAGUACCUGGAGAUCAGCUGGUGGGGGAGUUUCCGGAGAAUGUGGAUCUCCAGAAUCAUAAGAACAGAGUGGUGUGAGAAAAUAAUGGGACACGACUUUAACAUCUUCAAUCACGCUUCAGAUGUCGUAUACAAUGAUGUCUAUUACAUUUGACAUUUUUGCCUUUUUAAUAAUCAACAUGUUCCUGCCCUCUGGUGGACAAAUCGUGCAAAGGUUAACGUUUGUCCAGAUGAUCUGGAAUCACAUUUUUAUAUUUUUGCACUGAAGUUUGUUGUUGUUCACGGCAGAGACGUCUAAAGUGCAAUAAAUCUGCAAUAAAAAAAGCUGCUGUGCUUUUAAAAACA